GUAGAUGGCGCGCCGCAAGAAGGGCAACCGGGGCAAGGGAAAGAGCAACAAGGGCGGUGGCCGGCGCAACAACAACGGCGGAGGACGUGGCGGUGGCGGUGGCGGUGGCGGUGGCGGUGGUGGCAAGGUGUGCAAGUUCUGGAAAGAGGGCAAGUGCAACAGGGGCAACAGCUGCAAGUUCCGCCACGACGGCCCCAGUGGUGGUGGCGGCUUUGGUGCUCGCGGAGGCGGCGGCGGCGGUGGAGGCGGUGGUGGUGGUGGUGGCUUUGGACAGAACUCGUUUGGGAAUCGUGGUGGGGGCGGCGGCUUUGGCGGCGGUGGCGGCUUUGGCGGCGGCUCGUUCGGGCAGAACUCGUUUGCCAACCGCGGAGGUGGAGGCGGUGGCGGCGGGUUCGGCAACCGUGGCGGUGGAGGGUUCGGCAAUCGCGGCGGCGGCGGCCGGGCGUUUGGCGAUGACACGGUGACGAUGGGGGGAGCCGGCGGCGGCGGUGGCGGCGGGCGAAAGGGCAAGGGCAAGGGCAAGGGCAAGAAGAAGGGCGUGUGCCAUCACUGGAAGAAGUACUCGUGCCGCAAGGCUUCCAACUGCCAGUACGCCCACUCUGGACCCGGCGGUCUUGCCAAGGAUGCCCAGGGCGGCGGCGGCGGCUUUGCACAGCGUGGGAGCGGAAACGGUGGCGGCGGUUUUGCGCAGCGCGGGAGCGGUGGCGGGUUUGGCCAGGGUGCGGGCGCGACUGGGUUUGGCCAGGGUGGCGGGUUUGGCCAGGGUGGCGGGUUUGGCAAGGGCGGCGGUUUUGGCAAGGGCGGCGGGUUUGGCCAGGGCGGCGGGUUCGGCAAGGGCGGCGGGUUCGGCAAGGGCGGCGGAGCCAGGUUUGGCCAGGGCGGCGGAGCCACCGGGCACGGAGCCAAGGGCGGCGCGGGGCAAACGUCGGCGGCAACCCAGCAGCGGAUCAAGAUCAUCCGUGACGAUUUGAGUCAGUACGGAAUCUGGCCGUUCUCGGCAUAUGGUGCAGUCGAGGGCCAGGCAAGUACGUAUGCCGGCGACGUUCAGGCCGAGGAAAUGCGAUGGGAGGCGUACAAGGCCAUGGCCGAAUCGCGUGACGGUCUGCAGCGGUUUGUGCAGGUCGAGGCUACCAUGGCGCAGGCAAUGGCGGCCAAGCGCGAGGCUGUCAUGAUGAAUCCGUACGCCUUUGUCGACGAGGUCAAAAAGACCCACACCAUGGGGAACCUCUCGCCACCCGCAGAUGAAGCUGCCGUGGGCGGCGGCGGCGCCGGGGUAGGUGUCGGAGCUGGGAUGGGAGCCGGUACGAGAGCCGGCGCCGGUGCGGCCGCGGGAGCGGGUGCGGGAGCUGCCGCCGCUGCUGCCACUGCUGCUGCUGCUGCUGCGGCCGCAGCGGAGCCCGUGGCCGAGCCGGCUGCGGAUCGGCAGUACACUGCGACAGAGCGUGCCUGCAUGGCUGCCUAUGGCGCCGCAGCCUUUGAGCUCUUUGCCGUUCCCGAGAUCCCGCCGCCGGGAUACUUUGCCACGCCCGCCAAGGCUUGAGCCUCCAGCCUCUACACCCUCCAGCAAGUCUGGGUGCGGCCUUGCGAGCCGCCCGCCUGUGUGCUCGCAACAGCUCGCUGACAAAGAGCUGUU